AUGAGUAAGAAUAUUCUAAAACUUUACUAUUUUGAUAUACGUGGACGUGCUGAAAUUAUUCGGCUCAUAUUGGCUGCUGCUAAUCGUCCUUACAAUGAUAUUCGUUUUGAUUACUCUCAAUGGCUUGAAUAUAAACCCAAAAUGCUAAUAGGUCAAAUACCUGUGUUAGAAUUUGCUGAUAAAACUCAAUUAACUCAAUCGUUAACUAUUGCUCGUUAUGUAGCACAUGAAACAGGUCUGGGUGGAAAAACCAAUCUUGAAUCCGCUAAAAUGGAUGCAGUAGUUGAUACUCAACGUGAUAUGAAUGAAAUGCUGUAUGCUUUGAUUGAUUUUGAAAAACAGGAUUUUAAAAAUAUGCAUGAAGUUACAAAGUUUAUCAAUGAGAAUCUUGGUAGACAUUGUGACAACUUAACUAAACUUAAAAAUGCUUAUAGUAAAAAUGACAAAUAUUUUGUUGGUAAUGAAUUAUCAUGGGCUGAUCUUUUUGUUUAUAAUUCAAUCGAUGAUUUAUUUCGAUUUUUACCACAAGUUAAAGAUAAAUUUGAUAAUCAAUUCAAAGGAUUAUUUGAUACGAUUCAUAAUACUGAAAACUUGAAAAAAUAUUUGAAUCAACGACCAAAAACAGUCUAUUAG